CCUCGGCCCCCGCCUCCGCAGGCUGGCGCCUUCGGCCGCGGGGAGCGAUGGCGGAGAGAAAAAACCGCCAGUCCAGCCGCACACCCGGCCCAGCGCUCCGUCGCCGCCCUCCUCGGCCCGUGCGCCUCGGCGCGAAGGCCACCGGGCGCCACACCUCGACGCCGCGGCGGCUGCAGCUUCGUUCGGACGUCCGCCCAGCGGGAGGGGGGGAAGGGCAGGGACUCGAUGGGGGCGAGGAGCGCAGACCGCCGACGAGGCGGAGGAGGAGGAGGCCCACCACCACCCCUGGCCGAUCUGCGGCGCGCCUGGGCGCGAGGGCAGCGAGCCGAGGGGGCCGAAGAGGGGGAGGAGGGGGAGGAGGAGAAGGAGGAGGAGGGGUGAGGAGGAGGAGAGAGGAG